AUGCCUGUUGUCGCAGCCCCUCCCGCAGGAGGACCCGUUGGUCCGUCGACAUUCGACAAGAUGAAAAUGGGUGCCAUGAUGGGCUCAACUGUUGGUGGAAUCAUGGGCUUCAUCGUCGGCACGGUGACCAUCUUCCAGUACGGCGCCGGCCCCAAUGGUGUUAUGCGCACUCUGGGGAAGUACAUGCUCGGUUCCGGAGCCACUUUUGGACUCUUUAUGUCCAUCGGCAGCGUCAUCCGCACGGAAGGACAACACAACGACGCCUGGCUCCGUGCCCGAGGCCCUCCUAUUAUGCUCCCACGCCAAAGCCCUCUGCGCCAGAUGCGCCAGAUGCGCCAAUAA